UGAGCGCCUACUCCUCUUUUCUCCAUCACUCUCCUCUUGUAUGCUCUCAGGUUGACGUCAUCGCUUUUUCCAAUAGGACCUGUGGUGGAUGUGGGUGCGGCCACCCACUACAUUCGAAGAGUGCCCACUCACCACUCCUUGUCCUCUCUCCCAUUUUGCUCGUCCUUAUUACUCGUUCACACGUCGAAAAAAUACCGUCUUCUCAUCUUCUUCUCCCCCUCUUCCUGCUCCUCCUCCUCCUCCUCCUCUCCCUCCUCUCUCCUCUUCUUCUUGUUCUGUCUCAUAUUGGAAGUGGAUCCCAUUCGUCUUCUCCCUUCUCCCUUCUCCCUCUGUUUCCUCCUUGUUCCUCUCCUUGUGCUUUCGUGGCCAUUGACACAUCAGAGCAACCUCUUCAGGUUCCUCCCCCUCGUCGUCGCAUCGGAAGCAGAGUCUUCUCCUCCCCCUUCUCCUCCCCCUUCUCCUCCCCCUUCUCCUCCCCACUUUUUCUCCCCCCCCCCUCCCCUCCCUCUACUUCUGCCCCUUCUCCUGCGUAUUUUCCUCCCUCUCUUCCUCCUCCUCCCUGCGCUUGUUCUCAGGAGGCCAAUCAACCGGCCUGUGCUGGAUUCUGUGGUGGUUCAUGAUGGCGGUACCAUCGACCGCUCUGGUGACAAUGACCACUGCAUCUAUUGGUAGUCCAGUGGGGUGGGAGGACAUUCGACAAGGAGGAGUUGGGUGUGGGUCGCGCGGGGCAGCGCACCAGGACAGCGGUGAGUGCCGCCGAUUGCGCACCAUGUCAUUCCGCGCCGAGUCAGAGGCUCUAAGCCGACAUCGUAAUGACACGUGGCAUAAGUUGGCCUUCAUCCGGGACACUCCCCGGCAAGCGGGAACCGGAUCGAGCCGUCGUGCUUUGGCUGUGUGCAUGCCACGUGGCACUUCCGUCCGCGUUCUGGCUGUGGCUAUGCCACGUGGCACCUCCUCUCGGACCGCCGCCGCCGCCGCCGUCGCUCGGAAAAGGCGCAACGGAAUGCCAUGCAGCAGGAGGCAGCAGGCCAGUCAAGCUUGGAGUGCAAAGUGGGUGCGAGACUCUUCUCUGCUCUCGUGGGAGGGAGUAGUGGGAGAGAGAGGCAUGAAAAGGGGAAGCAGGCGGCGGCGGAGGAUGCUGCCACGCGGCGACAGAAUGGAGGCCCACCUAAGUCGAUUUCCCUGGGAUGAAAGGUGGUUCUUUGUCCUUUCUGAUCGCUUGCAGAGAGCCUGGGGCGAAGGAGGUGGGGGGAGAAGGAGAGUAGGAGUGGGGACCACACAAGCCAGAGAAAGACGCAAUCCGUUACGAGGCACACGGGAUCCCGACCAGGUUGGGUAUCGGCGGCUCGGCUGCCUCCUCUAUGACCGCAGUCCCGUCGAAGCAAGCGAUAGCGACCAACGUGGGAUAGAUCAAUAUUGGCGGCGCUUUGACACGAUUCGCCGUGGAGGAGGAGGAGGAGGAGGAGGAGGAGGAGGAGGAGGAAACGAUGGUGGACAAGCUAGCCUGGAGUGGGAGGAGGCGAAGAGGGGGGAGGAGGACAAGGGGAUGGCGGGGGAGCAAUCAGGUUGCUACAGGUGUGAGGAGGAGGAAGAUAAUCCGUCGAAAUGCGUCGUCUGGAACAGAUGUUAUUCAACGGUUAGAGAGCGGAGAUUGUCCGUUCGUGCGAAUUGCCUGGGAGCUACCGGUGGAAAGGAAUCCCAUUUCUCCUCCUCCUCCUCCUCCGCCUCCUCGAUUUCGUCCUCUUCGCAGUCUCGCUAUCCUUCCUCCGACACCUCCUCUUGUCCUCUGGAGAUGCCGGGCAGGGCUGGUCGUGGAGAAAAGUUGCCCUGCAGUGAGAACGACAAUGCGAAGAGUCGGGCAGAGGAAGGAGGGAGUGGGAUAAUGGGAGAAGUAGGCGAUGGUUUUGUGAUGACGAACGACCGGCGGAUGAAGAAGUUGGCGGGUAGGUCCGUAGCCUUUACUUGCCCUAAGUCAUAUGGCAAAACCCUGGAGGAUAAGUUACGCAUGGCUGGCGCCACUACCGUCUGGUCGCCUUCGAUCCACGUGGGCUCAUCUCACGACACAGAUUUAGAGUUGGAGAGAGUGAUCUGGGGAACACCACGAGGACGAGGAGCAGUAGCAGGAGGAGGAGGAGGAGAAGGAGGAGGAGGAGGAGGAGGAGGAGGUGGUGGUGGUGGUGUUGACCGCUCUUUCGAGGAGUCUUAUCCUCUAGACAAAUUUGCUGGUAUAGCUUUCACCUCCAGGAAUGGAAUUACUGCCGUACUCAAUGUAAUUAGGAAAGGGAGGAGUCAUGGUGGGAGGGAGAGAGAGAGCGGAGGGGAGGGAGAGGGAGAGGGAGAGGGAGAGAAGCUCGGUGAAGAAAAGAAGGGAAUGGGUUCAAACCUCGAGUCGACAACAACAACGACGAGGAGCUCCGGCGGCCUUCCAUUGAAAAAGUCAGCAGAUGGAGAGGACGAGAGGUCGAGGAGCGAGGAGGUGAUGAUCCAGCCCAGGAGAGCAGUUUUGGGAGAAGUAGGUGAUCCUUUCCUUCUAUGCGCGCUUGGGCGGGACGCGGAGCUUCUGCCGCAGUUGAGAUCGGAGAUGGGCUGUGAGAAGAGGCGGGUGGAGGUGUUCUCCCCGCGCACAGCUCUCCCAUUAUCCUUGGCGGAGGAACUGGGAAACGGACACGGGCGACGGAUCUUAUGCCCAGUGCCACGUGUCAUAGGCUUAGAAGAGCCACGUGUCGUUCCCGAUUUCCUCAGAUCCUUGACCGAGAGAGGGUGGAGGCCGGUGAGGGUGGAUGCUUACGUCACCCAGUGCAUGGGAGAGCGGUGUGUGGAUCGCCUGGAACCUUAUCUACGGUGCAGAGUUGGCGCCAACACGAUAAGUGGCGGGAAAAAAGACGAGAAUGACAGCUGGAAAGCGGGUACCGGGCAAAAGGCGGGAAUCGUGAAAAUGGCGGGAAGGGGAAUACUUCAAGUUAUGAGAUCGGCAGAGCGGCUGGUGGGGGGCAAAGGAGGAGACAAGGAGAAGGAGAAGGAGAAGGAGAAGAAGGAGGAGGGAAUUUCGGCAGACACCAGCAGCAAGAACGAGGCUGAGAUGAGAAUGUUUGAGGCGUCUAUUCUCCAAGUGGACGAUGAUAGAGAGGAUGACUGGAUGAGAUAUGGAGGGGAGGAAGAAGAUGGAAGAGAUGCAAACAUGUGCAGAAGGAUACGAGGACGACUAGAUGCGUUGAUUUUCACGAGUAUUACAGAGGCAGAAGCCUUGUUGAAAGCUUGCAGAGUGCGUGGCUUCGAUCCUCUGCUCGUCCUCGGAGAGAAGAAUGGCGGCCCUGUGGUUGCUGCACACGGACCCGUUACUGCGGCAGGUGUUGAGCGGCUUGGCAUUCAAGUUGACGUCAUCGGAAAACAUUUUGAAACUUUUCAAGGCGUAGUUGAUGAGCUUGCCGCGCAUUUUCAAAGACGGAAUGAAGAGGGAAGAACGGUUCCGUCAAAAUCCAAAUAAAUUUAAUAAAAAAGGAAAUAAAUUUUAUAAUAAAAAGGAAUCAGGUUUUAAAAUUUUAAUUAUUAUGAGAACUUAAAGCGUUGGACGGCUUGCCAGAGCUUGGCAUUCAAAUUGGAGAGCAGGUUAACGGAGACCCAUAAUUUUUUUUUCAGAGAACUUGUCAUGCCAUUUAUGAACAAACCCCAAGGGUUAUUUUAACCAAACUUCCCACCAAUUUAUAAAGAGUGGAGCAGGUUAACGGAGGCCCGAAAAAAAAAUUGACAUCAUCAGAAAAUAUUAUCGAAAGUUUCCAAGGUGUAGUUCAUGAGCUUCCCGCCCACUUGCAAAGAUGGAAUUAAGAAGGAAGAGCAGCUUCAUAGAAUAAAAAACAAAGGAGGAUUUUUUUUUUAAUAAGGACUUAAAAGUAAUUUAUAUAAUAAUAAAUCCAUUCAAGGGGUGUGUCACGAGAGAGAAAGAGGGCCUUUGGCACGUCCACGUCCAAUAAAAAAGAAGAGGACAAAAUAAAAGAAGCAAUUUAGA